GCGGCUGUGAGUUGACUCUCCACGGUUCUCAUGAGCUUUAUAGAAGUCCCGCCUCGCGCCUGAGCAGAACACAGCAGACUGUAACUCGACAGAGAAACACACAGACAUGGCAGAAGAAGCUCCAGCAGUUCCCGCGGCAAAGGCUCCGGCCAAAGCCCCCAAGAAGAAGGCAGCUCCCCGGGCAAAGAGCGAUGGACCCUCCCUCCCGAAGCUCAUCCUCGACGCCGUGACCGAGGCCAAGGACCGUAAAGGCACCUCGCUUCCGGCUAUCAAAAAGACUUUGGCCACCAAAGGCAUCGACCUGGAAAAGUCCAACAAGCGCAUCAACACCGCAGUGAAGAAGCUGGUGACCGACGGAAAGCUGGUCCAGAAUAAAGGGAUCGGCGCAUCCGGGUCCUUCAAGCUCCCCAAGGCUCAGACUACAGCCGCCAAGCCCGGCAAGAAAGCUCCCGUUAAAGUGAAGAAACCCGCUGCCAAGUCCCCGCAGAAGAAAACAGCCGCUAAGAAAACACCAGUGAAGAAGACUGCAGCCAAGAAAACCGCCGCUAAGAAACCAGCAGCCAAGAAACCAGCAGCCAAGAAGUCUCCUGUGAAGAAAGCGGCCAAAAAGCCAGCAGUGAAGUCUACUCCCAAGAAGGCUGCCCCUAAAAAGGUCGCGAAAAAGAAGACCCCUGUGAAGAAAGCUCCGGCAAAGAAAGCUGCAGCGAAGAAGACCAAGAAGUAAAGUGGCUCUUUAAUCUGCACUCAGUGCACCAAAAGGCUCUUUUAAGAGCCACCACACACUCACGAGAGAGCUGUUUUCCUACAACA